AUGAGUUUUGAGGAAGAAAUACUUGAACCGACGUUAGAAAAUAUAAUUGAGCAGCGGUCGCUGAAAUGGAUCUUUGUUGGGGGAAAAGGAGGCGUAGGAAAAACGACAACAUCAUGUUCACUUGCUAUUCAGUUAUCAAGAGUACGUGAAUCGGUUCUUUUGAUCUCAACGGACCCGGCACAUAAUUUGUCAGAUGCAUUUGGACAAAAAUUUGGAAAAGAAGCAUGUAAAGUGAAUGGAUUUGAGAAUCUUUUUGCAAUGGAAAUUGAUCCGACGUCAUCGAUCCAGGAGAUGAUUGAGCAAUCAGAGAUACAGACAAACGGACCGAUGUCAGGGAUGAUGCAAGAUCUGGCGUUUUCUAUUCCGGGGGUGGAUGAGGCAAUGGGGUUUGCGGAGAUUAUGAAACAGGUGAAGUCGAUGGAGUAUUCUGUAUGUGUUUUCGAUACGGCGCCUACAGGGCAUACGUUACGUUUCCUGUCAUUUCCUACGGUUCUUGAGAAAGCACUUACGAAGAUUUCGGGUCUUGGUUCACGAUUUGGGCCUAUGUUUAGCCAGAUGAGCAGUAUUAUAGGGCUUAAUACUAACCAGGAUGAAAUGUUUAAGAAGCUUGAUCAGAUGAGAGCAACGAUUACAGAAGUGAACAAUCAGUUUAAGGAUGCAGAACUUACUACAUUUGUUUCUGUGUGUAUAAGUGAGUUUCUAAGUUUAUAUGAAAUGGAACGUAUGAUUCAAGAAUUAACAGCAUACGAGAUUGAUACACAUAAUAUUGUUGUGAACCAGCUUUUGUUAAAUGUCAAAGGUUCUGACUGUCAGCAAUGCCUUUCACGCCACAGAAUGCAGCAAAAAUAUCUGGAUCAAAUUGUAGAGCUUUAUGAGGAUUUCCAUAUAAUCAAACUUCCUCAAGUAUCUACAGAAGUCAGAGGUGUUGAAGCUCUUAAAAAGUUUUCAGAAAUGCUUAUUAAGCCGUAUCAAAUCAUUUCCUAA